AUGUCUGGCAACGCCGCCCUCGACACCUCGACACCAAACGCACCCUCUCUACCACCUCGUCUCGCCGUCCUCACCCUCGUCGACUCUGGUCAGCGAAUAACAUCAGCACCGAUAACCACACCAGUCGGACCUGCCCUCGCCAUCGUUGCAGUGCUCCUCUUCCCGCGCAGUGCAUCUCUCCGGCUCCGAUUCGUCACCCAAUUCGUUCGUCGCGCCACACUCGACCAUCGCCGCACCCGGCCGCUGCUUGUGCCCGUCGCGCCCACCCAACAGCUCGUUGUGAUCGUCUAG